UACCGCGUGAGAGCCAGUGAGCGCGGCGCGGUCUGUGCCCAGGGCCCUCCGCGCGUCCACCCGCGCCACAGCCCCUCUGCAGAGGGGGGCUCUGCAAAGGCGACCCCCCCCCAACAACGCCACACGACCGAGGAGACGCAGGCGGCUCACCCCGCCCCAUCCCCCGCGGAGACCCCGGGCGGCGGGCGCUCAAGAGCGGGUUUGGGCUGCAAACCCGCGGUAAAGGGCGGGCGGCCCCAGCCCUGCGGGGAACGAGGAAGCCCAGGCCCGACGGGACGUCCCCAGGAGGGCGCCGGCCCCCGGUCUACCUCCCCCCACCCACCGCGCCGGGGUGGGCGUGAGCGCGCGUCACAGGGACCCCAGAGCUCCUGACCCGUUCCCCUCAGAGCUGCCGAAGGCGCCACGAGGAAGACACGCGGUGGCAACCGGCACGUCACGUGCUGUCCCGGACAAGCUUCGGGGGCGGGAAACCGUCCCCGGGGACGACGAGAAAAUCACCGACAGCGCUGACUUUACCGACAAAGUGUUCGUCUGCUGGCUGUGAAGGACGCACCACCCCCUCGCGUCAGGGAUACACCUCCCUGCUCACGUAACAGACCUGCCCGAGGAGUGGUGGACGCGUCCUGCUCGCAGGACGGACGGAGGCGCUCGGAGAGUGAGGGCGGCGCCCCGCUCGCGGGACGGACGCGCCCAGAGACUGACGACGCGCCCGCCUCGCGUGGGGCGUCCGCCAGGGGCAGGAAGUGUGGGGUCCGCGGGAAGCCGGUAGCGCAAUCACAAGGAGCUGUUCUACGGUUUGGUAUGGAGAUUCACUUCAUUGGAAAACGAAGCCAUUCCCAUGAAAACUUUGCCUUAGAAGCAUAAAGGACUUCAAUUUCUCCAGAAAGGUAACACGGCAGGAAAUAGACGAUGCGUCAGCUGCGUCUGCUGCUCGAGGCCCCGGAAUCGCUGGGAAACCACCCCCCCCCCCCCCCCCCCCCCCCGGCCUGGACCACCGUUGACACCGCAGGCAGGUCGGGCAAUGCGGGGCCGCGCGGGCAGCACAGACGACGUCAGGGCGACGGUUCCGGCCUCCUGCUGCCCCGGCCGGGACACGCACAGCCCGUCCGCCUGCCCCAAAUCACAAGCCCCACGGACUGACAGAAACCGUCCGCCGGGGGCACCUGGGCCUGCGGUCGCCGCCAGCACGGACACUGGAGCAGCCCCAUUAGCUCGCUGGGUCUGGGGCUCCCGCGUCCUCUUCCUGAGCAGCACCGCGGGCCCGCAGACGCUCCCUCCCUUGUGUCUGGGGCUCAGGCUCACACCCCGGGACCCCGCCGCCGUGCGUGCGUGCAGCUCCCGCAGCCACAGGAGGCCUGGCCGGGUGUGCUGGCUCCCCGACAGCCCAGCUCAAGGCGAGCACGCUCACGCAGUCCCAUGGAGGCUACCGAGUGACGCGCAGACAACGACGCGGGAAGGGCCGCCCCGCGGGUACCCCCACCGAGCAAGUCGGCUGCCAGGCCCGGUGCCUCCAAGCGGCACAGCACCGCCGGCCGCGCCUGCAGGCUCCAGCUUAGUGCACGAGCUGCCACAAGUUCUCACUUCAGAUCUCCAGACUGCCUGGCUGCGCACGAUGGCACAGGAAUGCGACUGUGUGGCCGUAGCCAUCACUCUCAGUGUUACCUCGGCCUCCUUCGGAACCUCACGUCUUCAGGGCUUUUGUGGAAGCUCACCCCCUUCAAAGUGCCACCUGUUCCUCCACAGAGCGUCCAAGAUCGGAGCCUCCACACCCAGCCCCUCCUGUCUGAUCCAGAAACGGAGUCAGUGUGUCCAGGCGUUGGGGGCCACAGUGGGGUCCCUGCAGUCCUGCGCCCCAGACCCCAAAUCUCCAUCCACGAUGAUUGCAACUCAAGGUCAUCUGUCCGACCAACAGUCUGUGCAACACUUUGUGCCUGGGGUUUUAGCAAAGAAAUCGGAGACAGCCUCAUCUUGGCCCCAACUGUCCCAGCAGAGACCACGAGACUGGCCCCUCAGACUCCAGCCUCACGGGAAGGUGGUGCCAACCUGAAGUCACCAGCUCUACCCACAGGGUCACAGGCUGCCUGGACUGCUGUGGGCAGCAUUUCGUGUUCGCUACCCACACUCCCAGGACUCGACCACAGAAUCGGCCCCGCAUACUUGGGCAUGCAGCUCAGGGAAGCCUUCGUGACCUCCAGCCUCAGUUUCCCCAUCGGCAAGCUGUCCAUUCGCUGCCAGCUGAGGCUCCCAAGUAUAAAUGGGCUACAUUUUAAAGAAACAGUGAAAAGGAACUGAAAGCAAAUUUUUCUGCCAACUACAUUCCUUUCGCCUCCCCUUCCCAAGCCCACAAGGGCUGCCACACGCCUCUGCCUGUCACGCUGCCAUCCGCCACAUCUUUCUGUCCUCCCGUUCCUCCUUCGAGACUCUCCUGGCUGGCUCACUGCCCUGACCCGGCCAUACACGCUGUCAUUCUAAAACGGAAAGCACUCUUUUUCUGUUUCUGGGAAUAUCUGAAGGGGUUCCACCUUCUCCCCAAACCCCUCGGCGCCUGCCAACUACACCGUCCCUCGCACAUGGUGGGCUGGCCAGGCAUCAGGGUCCCAGCCCUGCACCCGUGUCCCCAGCUCCCUGCCACUGCCUUCCUGGGCAUCAAUCCCCUAAUGAAUAAAGGAGGAGGAGGAGGAGCCCAGGGCACUGCAGGAUUGAAGGGGCACCACACACAUCACUGCUCAGAGCAUGUGCUGCUCUCGUGACAGCUCUUAUGUGGGGCUGCUGUCAGGGCCCGUGUCUCCAGCUCCCCCAGCGCCUCGCAGCCCAUCGCAGAAAGUCCCUGUGGGGACAGGGCCCGGCAGAGGGCCAGACCAUUGUCCUUAUGUCCUCAGGGGGCAAGACCUCUGGCAAAUGAAUGGUAGAUGGUGACAUGAUGCCCCAUCGUGAGAUUAAUCUUAAAAUAGCAUUUGUUCUGGCCAAUAGGAUGAGAAAACGCUGCAGGCAUUUUGUUGCUAUCUGAUUUCUAACACGUCCAGGAAGAGAUGCACGUACCCCCACCCAACUUACAUCACUUGGCCUCCAACACCCGCAGGGCCUCGGAUUUCAGAUGCCUGAUUCUGCAGCGCUCCCUCCAGGACCACAGUCUCCACAGCACAUACCGCCAGGAAGAGCAGAGCAACCAGGAGGUGGGCCCGGAACAGUAGACUCCAAGCCCCCACAGCACGCACAGAGACACUCAGAGCCACCGUCACACAGGUGGGCAGAGGAGGAGAUCCCCACCACGUCUCAUCCCUGCUGGCCUGGGUGCCCCUUCUGCGCUCCCCUCACUGCAGUCUCUCCCGGCUGGAAGUCCGACAACCUGCCCCCCACACCCUGAACCAGCUCGUGCAAGGGAUUCCUGUGAAAAUCCACGCUUGAUGAACAGGGGAAAGGCAGCUUAGGGGAUUUCUUGGCAAGGAUGUCAAUGAGGCGUGACCAAAAAAGUAGGAGUCAUUUCCAAAGAGGGCAAAUGACCUCUGGUGUGGGCCCAGCUGUCCAGCCCCCAGACCGCCACAAAGGGCUCCAUGACCUGCCCCUGCCCCACCUGCUUCAGUGAUCUCUUCUCCUCUGGCUCCCUGUCAACCGUCCCGCAGACACUGACUAACCAAGAGGAAGAGAGGGAAGACUCGGGACUGCCCUCUCAAGCACCUAGCAUCACCUUCACACACGCUAACAUCUCAGACUCAGCUGUGGACAACCUUGUCCUACAAACAAGAAAACCUAUGUUCACAGACACUAAGGCACUGCUCCAAGGUCAACAGCUUCCAAGCACUACACCAGGACUUUGUGCAUGACCUCAACCAGUAGCAGCAAAUCUGUGAAGGAAGUUACAUGUGAUCAUCCCUAAUUUGGAGACCAGGAAAGUGGGGUUUGAAGGGCUAAGUGAGAAAGCCAGACUGUAUACCACAUCUGUCACCUCUGAGACCCUUGCUCCCACCUUUUUUGUUUUGCUUUUAAAAAUCAUUAUUGUGCUCCAACUUUUUUUCAUGAACUUCCUAUUUACCCUGAAUAUACGCAUACUCGCUAAGUAAUACAGGUGCACCAGCACAUGCCAGUUAACCGUGACCUUUCCCUCUUCCAGAUGUUCCUGGUCUGCUCUCUGAUCCUGCCUGCCAGGCUUCGAGACACAGCAGCACUGAAACCAGCACAAACAAGCAGUGGCUGGUAUUUUAAACAGGACUGCCAGUUCAACAGUACAGAUAAAUUGGACAAAAACUCUUUCAUUGAAACACAGACUGAAGUCCAAAAGGACAAGGAGAAAACCCCAGUGAAAGAGCAAGAGUACAAAUGAUAGUGGACUGUUUCAGAUGCCCCACGAGCCAGCAGGUUUGAAGGCAGCAUUAUUACCUGUCUGCUCUGGGGCUGCUGAUCAAACCUGUGGCAUAGAUCAUUGGUAACUCAAUCAACCCGAUGUGGACAUUCUGAUCAUUCUAAUAUGGCAGCACAGAAUGACCAGGAUUAGUCACACUGGGGCACAAAACACACCCUCUUUCCAUUCCUGUGUUCUUUACACCUCCUUCCUCAAAACCCAGUGUUUCCUCCUAGACAAGAGGCAUAACACGGCCAAAUUCACUGUGAUCCUGUAGACAUUCUCAACAUCAACGUGCUCUGAGCUAGCAACCUAAUGUGCAUUGAAAUCUUUAUUGCUGCUCUCAACACAAACGUUGGUGCACAGCUGCCUCUGGAACGCAGCACCUCAUGACCAAGGGCAUCCUGCCCCGAGUGUCCCUACAGUCUCCAGUGCACAGCCCUUUGGGGGGGCUGUCAUCCAACCUGCCAUCAGGGGCAGCGAAGAGUGACAGCAGUCUAAUCAAGAAGGAAUGGUCAGGAGUGCCUGGAGCACAGGGUGCAGUACUGCCUAUAAAGCGUUUUUAUGUGUACACAAGAGUGUGCCCUGUGCAAACUUCUUAGUCACCAACUCUUCUGCUGAAGAAGUGCUUUAAGUGGCUUAGCUAAAAUGAGGGGCUGGCAGACUGAUCAGAGUUACACAUGAGAAAAAUUGUGCCCACCUUUCUUUUUCUUUUUUUUUUUUUUUUAGGAAAAAAAUGUUACCAAACAACCUUAAUCUUAGAAUUCAAUGUAAAAUAAACAACAAUUUUGUUUUCAGGCCAA